GGGCGAGAGAGAGCGAGAGGCUGUGAGUGAGGGAGAAAGUGUGUGUGAGUGUAGGAGGGUGCUGAAAAAAGGAAGGAGAGUUCAGAGUUGUGUUACGGCAGUGUGUGUGGACCUCAGCCUCCGUGGACACAUCGGUGACAUCAGUUUGAGUCACAGGAGGGGGGGGGCAGCAUGUGAUGGCAGAGCCACGGACCACUCCUCACAGCACACGCACACACACACACACACACACACACACACACCUCCACAGCUGGACCUGCACACCACUGGAUACCACUGGCCAAAACUCCACACCUGAGAGCAUUCCAGAGUCCGCUGACAUGCAGGGUCAACAUUUAGCUCUCAACAAGAUGAUGCGGAGGAGACUAACCUAGAUUCAAUCCCUCCACCAACCCAAGCACACACACACACCCCAACGGUUUUCCUCCAGUCAGCAGUGUGAGUGAGUGUGUGUGAGGAUCAUGACGGCCCUCCUGGCCAACCUGAGCAUGCCCUGGGGCACGGAGGCACUGAUGGGCUCCACAGACAGUGUCAACCUGACGGCGCCCGCUCCCAUGCCACCUGGCCACCAGGACGGGCAGUCCCAGCCCCCGCUCUGCAUGCUUUGCUGCUGCGGUCUGCUCAACCGGACGCUGGCCGUGGUGUUCAUGGUGAGCCUGGGGUUCGCCAUCGUCGUGGGCAACGUGAUCACACUCACUGUGUUCAUGCAGACCCGCCAGUCACACACUCCACAGGGCUACCUCAAAGUGUCUCUCGCCAUUGCUGACAUGUUGGUCGGUGUGUUGGUCGUGCCAUUUUCUGUCUACACCGAGAUCUCACUCAUGGUGACCAGCACUCCCCCUGUGUGGUACCAGUCGUCGGUGGCUCCUGUGGACGCGCCGGCUCACGGCAACCUGUCGGUGCCAUGGCAACCUUGCAUGCUGAUUGGUCCGGUGUUCGCCGGCUGCACGUUCGUCUCCAUCAGCACCAUCUUCCUGAUGACGGUGGAGCGGAGCAUCGCCAUCCUGCGGCCGCUGCACAAGGACACGCUGGUGACGCUGCGGCGCACGCUGCUGCUCAUCCUGCUGUCGUGGGGCGGCAGCUUCCUGCUGGCCGUGGCGCCGCUGGUGCUGAGCCGCAGCUUCACCCUGGAGUACAACGCGUGCAGCCGCAUGUGCAACUACGCGCCGCUCUGGGACGUGCUGCGCCAGCCGCAGCCGAGCGACGCCCACGCCAUGCUCCUCUUCCCCGCCUUCGACUUCACACUGCUCGGGGGCACGCUAGCCGUCAACAUCAUCUCUUUCACCAGCAUCCGCCGGUACUCGCGCAAACGCAAGCUGCUGGCCGAGGGCAGCCUGGGCGGAGAGAGUGGAGGAGGAGGAGGAGGAGGAGGAGGAGGAGGAGGAGGAGGAAGUGGGGGCUGGUGCCAGCACCGGCCGUCCUUCUCUGACAUCAAGGCGGCCAAGACCAUCGGCAUCCUCACGUUCGCGUUCACCGCUUCCUUCUCGCCCAUUGCCGUGUUCGUGCUGGGCAACGUGGUGGGCUACACCUGGUGCAACUUCUCCUUCUUCGCGUUCUGGAUUCUGGCCGGCAACAGCUGCUGCAAUGUGGUCAUCUACAGCGUGAGGGACCAGCGGUUCCGUAAGGGAGUUACACUGCUCUUUCAGAGGGACCGCUCUAUCCCCAUAGGGGAAAAAAACUGAAACCACUCGACCAGUGUCAAACCCCCCCCCCCUCCACUCUUCCCCCUAAACAAGACCACACACACAAAUACCAGGUGUCCUUCCUCUGAUCGCAUGGAGGAUGGAUAAUUAUUCUCUCUGUAGGGCUUUGAAUACUAUCUCAACUUCAGGGACCAUUUGGAAAGCUGAACUCUAUGGAUUGGUUGCACAGUUUUCUCUUGACAUUUGAGGCACAACUAUGACGGACCUUCACCUUUGCUUUAGAAAUUACAAGGACAAUCAAGAACGCUAUCUUGCCAUGCACUUUUUACAUUAUCUGCUUUACCUUUGCAGAUCAUGUUAAUUUAAUGUUGCAUUUUUACACAACUUCUGUGUAUUUUUAUAAUAUUAUUUUUUCUAUGAUUGUCACUCUUACAGUGAUGUGAUUUUGUUAUCAACAUAAACAUAAUUGAAUGCACUAAAUGGAUUUUUCAACUUUUCAUACAGACUCACGGAAUCAUGGUUCAGAAUGACAUUGCGACAGAGACAAGCUAAGAUAUUUGCCUUAUUGUUCAAAUCUUCAUGCAUACGGUACUGUAUGUAAGCCUUCAAGAGAAACCCAACCUGCUCACAAUACCAAAUAUGUUCUGCCAUUCCUACCUGUCCUUUUGACUCAUUCUGUCGCAUUUACUGUUGUCUGUCAAAAGUGUAGACUUCUUUAUGUGUUCAUAAAUGGGCAACAUGUUGACAUGCAAAAAAUGAACAGGUCAUAUAUAGAUUAGGUAUCAAUGAAUUAGUUUCGGUCUUUUAUUCAGGAGACCUUUUUUCACAACUGCAAACAUGUAAACAUUUCCAGACCAUGCUAACUGUGAUGAAAACUUUGUUUUAAAAAGUAAACAGGAUUUUGUUCUGUUGUUUUAUCUCUGUCUGUCAUGGUCAAUACUCUUAACUGUGUAAACUUGUAUUGCAUUAUUGAUCAGAUGAUGACCUCAGAUUUUUAAAAAUAAACACCUCUGAAAAUCAUUGCUCUCUCUGACGCGGCGCAGCCAGCGACACUAACACUAGCAGACAGCUCUGGAUGUCUCUCGGAGCGGUCCAACCGAAAGUCUCAAGCUCAGCAGUCACAGUUGCGACAGACUCGCCAU